AAUCUCAUCACAAACUUAUAAACAUCUUCUAUUCAUAUACAUAUACUUCUCCUCUCUUUUUCUUCUUUCAUACUAAUUUAUCAUGGGUGUCUUUACUUUUGAUGAUGAAUUUGUCUCAACUGUGGCACCAGCUAAACUCUACAAAGCUCUUGCAAAAGAUGCUGACGAAAUCGCCCCAAAGGUGAUCAAGGAAGCACAAGGAGUCGAAAUUAUCGAAGGAAAUGGAGGACCAGGAACCAUCAAGAAGAUAUCCGUUCUUGAAGAUGGAAAAGUCGACUAUGUGCUACACAAACUAGAUGCAGUUGAUGAAGCAAACUUUGGAUACAACUACAGCUUAGUAGGAGGACCAGGGCUACAUGAAAGUUUAGAGAAAGUAACAUUCGAGACAGUUAUUGUGGCUGGUUCUGAUGGUGGAUCCAUCGUUAAGAUAACUGUGAAAUAUCACACCAAAGGUGAUGCAGCUCUAUCUGAUGCAGUUCGUGAUGAAACUAAGACCAAAGGAACUGGACUUAUUAAGGCUAUUGAGGGUUACGUUUUGGCAAAUCCUAAUUAUUGAUUAAUUGUAUAAUCUUCUACUUGGUUUUAGUUUUGAUUGUGUCUUGUUAUAAGAAUAAUGAAUGAUUAAAGUGUUGUGAUAUGGUUGUUUAUUUUACAUGUGUGAGGUUGUGAAAUAGUGUCGGUUUGACUUUGAGUGUGGUUUUGGGAGAGAUUCGUUGGAUGUUUAAAUACGAAAUCUCUAUGGGUUGGUGUUGAGGUUUUGAAAUAUCUGUACUAUUUCUCUGAUAAAUAAUGCAAAAGACAAAUUCCUAGUA